UACUCCAUCUCUAUCUCCAUUCACCACCCCGUGUUAUACCCCCCACCCACAAAACACCACGACCAACAAGUUCUACUAAAAUCUCCCCUUAUAGAGAGACCUCACUCUUCAAUGCUCCGUCUAUAACCCUAGCUAGCCAACACUACCCUCUCUCCCUCUCUCUCUCUCUCUCUCUCUCUCUCUCUCUCUACCCUUGUGCCCCUACCAUGAUCACUGGUAAGGACAUCUAUGAUGUGCUUGCGGCGAUCGUGCCGCUCUAUGUGGCGAUGAUCCUCGCAUAUGGCUCGGUGCGGUGGUGGAAGAUCUUCACCCCGGACCAGUGCUCUGGCAUCAACCGCUUUGUCGCGGUAUUCGCCGUCCCCCUCCUCUCCUUCCACUUCAUCUCCACCAACAACCCCUAUGCCAUGAACUACCAAUUCCUCGCUGCCGACUCCCUCCAAAAACUCGUCAUCCUCGCCGCGCUCUCGGUCUGGCACAACCUCUCUUCACGCCCGACCCUCGACUGGAUGAUCACCCUCUUCUCCCUCUCCACCCUCCCAAACACCCUUGUCAUGGGGAUCCCACUCCUUCGCGCCAUGUACGGCGACUUCUCCGGUUCCCUCAUGGUGCAAAUCGUUGUCCUGCAAAGCGUGAUUUGGUACACCUUAAUGCUCUUCUUGUUCGAGUACCGCGGCGCCAAGGCGCUGAUCUCCGAGCAGUUCCCACCUGACAUAGCCGGAUCAAUCACGUCGUUCAAAGUCGAGUCCGACGUCAUGUCGCUCAACGGCCGGGAGCCGCUGCAGGCCGAUGCGGAGAUCGGUCGUGACGGGAAGGUCCACGUUGUCGUGCGGAGGUCAGCGUCGUCGUCAGCGGCUCGGUCGAUGGUGUCUUCUUACAACAACCAUAACAACAACAACAACAACAAUAAGGGAUUCAAUUCAGCAAUGUCGAUGACCCCGCGCGCAUCAAAUUUGACGGGGGUCGAGAUCUACUCGUUGCAGUCGUCGAGGGAACCAACUCCGCGAGCAUCGAGCUUCAACCAGACCGACUUCUACACGAUGUUCUCGAGCAAGCUUGCCAGCCCGAUGACUGGGGCCGCAGCGCCUGGGCUAGGGUUAGAGGAUGAGGUGAACCGGAGGUUUGGGAAUAAUAGGCAUAAGGGGGCCGGGAGCAAGAGUAGUGAGCUCAUGAAUGGGGGGUUGUAUCCAACAACUACUACUACUACUACAUCUUCUUCGUAUCCUGCUCCGAAUCCGAUGCUAGCUGGGUUACCGACCGGCGGAGGAAAGAAGAAGGAAUUGGGCGGGCCGAACUCGAACUCAAAUAAAGAACUACACAUGUUCGUGUGGAGCUCGAGCGCGUCUCCGGUGUCGGAGGCUAAUCUUAGGAACACGGUGAAUCGAGCAGCCUCCACGGACUUUGGAGCCACCGAUCCCUCUAUCACUCCAAAAGGCAUGAGUGGUAACACGAGCCCAAUAACAAAGGCGGGACCGAUCAACAAGCUCGAAAUUGAAGACGGCGGUAAGAGCCCGACGGUGGCCGCGGGGUCGCCAUACGCGGCAGCAGCACAGAAGAAGAAGGGCGGAGGGGAGAAGGCGGCGGCGGCGGGGCUGGUGGAGAGUGGCAGCGGGCACCAAAUGCCUCCAGCGAGCGUGAUGACGAGGCUCAUCCUCAUCAUGGUGUGGAGGAAGCUCAUCCGGAACCCUAACACGUACUCUAGCCUCCUUGGACUAGCAUGGUCCCUCGUUUCGUUCAGGUAUAAUAUUGAGAUGCCUUCGAUUAUAAAGGGCUCCAUAUCAAUUCUAUCUGAUGCAGGAUUGGGAAUGGCCAUGUUUAGCUUAGGCCUGUUCAUGGCUUUGCAACCAAAGAUUAUAGCUUGCGGGAAGUCGGUCGCGGCGUUCUCAAUGGCGGUCCGGUUCUUGACGGGGCCUGCGGUGAUCGCAGCCACCGCCAUCGCCAUCGGGGUGCGCGGAGUUUUUCUGCACAUCGCCAUUGUUCAGGCUGCGCUUCCACAAGGGAUUGUUCCAUUCGUGUUUGCCAAAGAGUACAAUUGCCACCCUGACAUCCUUAGUACAGCGGUUAUUUUUGGGAUGCUCAUUGCCUUGCCAAUCACGAUCCUCUACUACGUUCUGCUUGGAGUCUAAGGAAAUGCAUGCGUUCGAAAAAGCUAAGAGAAUGUUGAUUUUGAUAUAAACAGAUAGAUCUAUUGAGUUUGGUCAUUUAUCAAUUACUGAAUAAAUUUUACCAAAUUCAAUAAAUUAUUUUCUGUUCUUAACAAAAUCGAGACCUUUUGUACAAGGAAAAAGAGAGAGUAGUUUGGUGCUCUUUUAGCUAGGAUUAGAGUACAGGGUAGGACUCUUUGAAGAAGAGCUCAAGCUUAUGACCGUUGGGGCAUGAGAUUCAAAUUAAAAAAAAAAUAUUUUGGAUUCCAUUUA